CGGAAAAGUAAGACAAUGUUGCUGAGCCUCACUUGAACAGUAUAAAUGAAUGCAAAAUUCCAAAUUGCAUCCACAUUUGCAACAGCAACACAAGAAGCAAUCGUAUCAUUACUUGUUUCACUCUCUUUUAAAUAUUAACUUUCCUAUCAAAAGCCACAAACGAUCAUGGAUUCAGCAACCAGAGUAUAUGGCUUUGGCAUCACAAUCAUAUUGCUUGGUGGCAGUGUAGUCAUCGGUGCCAUCGUGUCUUCCAUAGUGACACGACGGUUUUUUGCUCGAUACGCAUUCAUACUGCUCGCGGGACUUUCUUGCAUAAUCAACCGAUUAGUAUACAUUCUACUAGGGGUAGAUGCCAUCAACACAUCUCGCCCGAUGGAAUACUCUCGCCUAGUCAUGUUGCGUGUAUUCUUUUUCAAAGUGUAUACACCGCUACUUUACUGCGUCCUAUUCGAGGUCUGUCGUAAAAUCAUUGCGAUCCAAUUGGAAGCCAAUAAGGGACCCUCCACGACCAUCGACAACAAUGUUCCACGGUCCAGACAGUAUCACGUACGCACCCUCUGGGCUACCUACUUGGCGUAUUUAUGGACGUUUAUCCUGUUAAUCACCAAUAUUGCCUAUUGUGCCGGUAAUAGUGCGAUGACGCCUGAUGACACUACUACUGGUGACGCAUCAAGUAUCAACAACAGCAACUUUUACCCCGUACCCGGCACCAUGGUCAAUUCGUUUAAUACAUACGGUAUUUAUGUAUACAUAUCUUGCGCCGCUAUCCAGUACAGCUACGCCUACCACGAACUCAACCGGUUUAUACCGACAUUAGCCGUGUAUGCCAUCCUUACCUUCGCUGCAACUAUUUGCCAUUCAGUCGCUUUUAGUAGCAUAGCCUCGACAUAUACCACGACCGACAAAUUCAGCUUUGCUAGCGAACUGGCUGGUUUACUGGGCCUUACUUAUGCAUACACAUGGGCCUCGAUCCACCAUUGGUCACCUGCGCCGGCUGAACGAACUGAUCAUCAGCAAUACGUCGUUCAUCCUUAUGGUCAAGGUGGAUAUUCAGCGGAAGACAAAGAGCAAUAGCACACACACACGGAUGUAUAUAUCAUACAAUGUAUAGCAGUUGACCAGACUACUAUGGUUGACCAGCGGGAGCAUGCUUCAUUGCAUAGUAUUACUGUAUUAUAUUUCAAAUAGCAGUUCAAAUGUUAUGAGUUUGUAUCAUCAUAUGUGACAGUCAUAUCAAAAAAAUUCUUUAAUCGUAG